CAUAAUCUGCAUGCUCCAGCACUAAAACAUCUCUAUUCUUAACUUUCGAAACUCAUCCAACAAAUAUGUCUCCAAAAACAGCCACAAUCUCCCUCUCCCUCUCCCUCGCUCUCCUCCUAACUAUAACACUGUCAUCCGCCACUACCGACUGUCCGGGCUUUGAUUCAGUCUCUGACGUCUUGCGUCAUUACGAUAUACCUCCCGGGCUUUUCCCUGAUUAUGUGAAGCACUUUCGAUGCGAUCCUGACAAAGGCGACAGUCUCUUGUUAUCGAUUCAAUUGUACGGUGUUUGUAGCGUUACUAGAUCACUGCUGGGUGUCGGUAAUCGUGUCGUCUGCCAACCCCAAAUGUCAGCGAUCAUAUCCUAUCGGCAGCUCACCAAUAUCAAUGGAGUUACGGUCACUCUUACCGUAAAUGGCAAUCCAGUUGGAGAUCUCAUGACAGUUACCGAUGCCACAGUUUUCAACGCUUUUUUAGGCAACUGCCUGAAGUUCAAUUCUGACAAAGGUAAAAGUCCGUGUUUCCCUGUCGAUUUAAUCCAGGUACCCCCCAAAUGUGAUAACAGCAACGCUAUUCCGAAUUGGGUUUAUAACUAUGGUCGCUUGCUUCCACUUGUUGCUUAAGCUAAAGUUUGAGCAAACCUUGCACUACACUAGAUAGCUGAUGCGAGGCUUGUCACCUGUUGUUUGUUUUUAUGUACUUGAGCAUAUAUAUAAUCUGCGUAUUAUGCAUCUCCCUAAUAUGUACUUGUAAUGUUUCAAUAAAUCUGCUCAUGAUGUAAGCAGCAAUGUUUCGUUGUA